AUGCGUUGUGAGUCUCUCCCGCACUCCAUAUCCACACAACAGAUACGGUCGUGGGAAAGUAUACCCAAUUCGGGCACACCCCAGUCCAGCAGAUUGGUGCAGACCGCACCCGAGUACCAAAAGAAUUGCAUCCGGCAGUCUACCAAUACAGUGAGCACACACGGGCCUGCCGAGCAACCAACGCUGAAGCAAAAACGCUUUCGGUGGACUCCGAUCAGCAGUUCAACACCUGCAACUCAAAUACUAAGGAGCUGUGUACCUACUGACACCGAAAACCCGAUCGAUGUCGAAAGUGCACGGGAGCAAGUUGGUGAAUAUGCAUCCCGCACUGCAGACGACUCCAUACUGGAGAGUGAAGCGAAAUAUGGCAGUGAUAGCGGCCUAGUGCAAACUCCAAGACCGUUUAAUGAGAUAGCACUGGCAGUUACAAAAACCAAGAACAAAUGUGACAGCGCCGUAUCCGACAGGGCUGAAGUGAUUUGCACACCACAAGAUUCUUUUAAUGGAGAAGAGAAAGUAAAUGAUGUAUGGUUCAGCCAUAAUGACAGUACCGCAGCACACCCCGAGAUGAACUUCGAAGAAGGGUUUCUCGAAUGGGAAAGGGAGACUCAGACACCACCUCUCACACAGCAGCGUCCACCCUGGGAGCAGAAGGAUAGAAGCACAGACAUCGAUCAAGACCGUACGCGGUCCGACUCUGCUGAUUCCUGUGCAGAUGCAUUUUGCCGGUCAGAGAUGAAAGUUAAAUCGACAGAUCCUUUGCCACUGAGAUGGAAGACAAGAGUUGAUUUCACUGAUGUUAGUCUCAGACCAGAAAUGAACCGAUACACAACAGCCACUUUCUCCACGAAUACAUCAAGUCGUAGAUCAUAUGAAACUCCACCAGGGCCUCCGCGAUUCAGAUUUGAUGUAACCCAGAAAGGCAGCGCGGACACGAUAGGACAGAAUGUGACCACCAGCGGCAUAGAUAGAGAACGUUCCAUUCCUGACACACCCUGUAAUCAAAGCACGCUGGUUCACUCGGUGUAUGAAUCCAAGAUACCCGAAAACGUCAGGUUUCGGAGCACUUUAACUAGGAGGGCCGAUGGAGACCAGAAUCAGCGACUGGAUUUAGAUGUGGGGCUGAUUGAGUCAGGAUGGGAAGAACUGGCCUGUUGGAUAUAUGUCAUGGAAGUUUGCAAAAUACACGAAGAUAAUCGGACGAUCAGUGAAAUGACGGAACACACCCCACGAUUAGAAACCCCGUCGUCGACAACACGCAUAAUGAAUUGGCAGACUCUGAGUGGCAGAAUCGGUGUCGACAAAGUACAGCACUUUCAGGUCGACUGCAGUCGGGAGGAUGCGUUAGCUUUGAAGUCGAAUGGUAUUCAGGUCGACAUGGACGAGCGUCCCAGUUAUCCUGAGGCUUGCGAGGAAUAGAAACAAAACGUCUUUAAAUAACUUUUGUAUCGUUCAUAAAAAUAUACAGGUUAUUUGCAAACAA